AAAGCGAGUCUUAUAACUUUCAACGCUCCAGAGAACACUGUCAUAUAGGGAUCCAGUGUUCUUUUAUCACAAGAGCUCGACUGUAGCUCGCACAAUGGCGCCCAAACAGAGAGCUGGCCAAAAUCCUUCAGGUCUAGGGAGAGCGAUUAUCAAUAAAAAAGUCAAAGAUGCCCGCCAGCAGCAAGAGUCAAGCCUCUACACAACAGAAAUCGAUAACACCAUUCGGCUGAAAUCCGUCACUCAGGAAAAGGAUCUGGAUGAGUUCUUGAAUACAGCUCAACUGGCGGGAACAGAGUUUACAGCUGAAAAGCGCAAUGUGAAAAUCAUACAAUCGCCAGUUGGACCGACGCAUAAUCCAUACCUCCUUAGUGAUCAAGAAGAAGAAAUCACUCUUCAAAAACAUCAAGCCAACAAGCAACGGCUCAGAGUACCAAGAAGACCACCGUGGACGAAGGCCAUGACAAUGGCUCAGCUAGAACGCCAAGAAAAGGAUUCAUUUCUAGAGUGGCGGAGAGGUCUUGCUGAGCUUCAAGAACAAGAGAAAUUCCUUCUCACGCCGUUCGAAAGGAAUUUGGAAGUUUGGCGCCAACUGUGGCGUGUAGUUGAGCGCUCCCAUCUAGUUAUCCAGAUCGUCGAUGCUCGUAACCCAUUGAGAUUCCGUUGCGAGGAUCUUGAGGCGUAUGUGAAAGAUAUAGAGGGACCUGAAGGUGAAAAGGGAACUGGAGGGAAUAAAAGGAAGAGCCUUCUGUUGAUCAAUAAGGCGGAUCUCUUAACUGUCCAACAGAGGCGUCAUUGGGCCGAUUUCUUUGACAAGCAAGGGGUUCAGUUUACCUUCUUCUCUGCUGCCAAUGCUGUAGCCAUACAAGAAGCACGGAGGAAUGCACUAGCUGAAGCUGAAGCAAAGCUUUCACCUGAAGAAUCAUUCGGAUCAGAAUCAGAGUCGGACAAUCCACCAACACCCAGCGCUGAAAGUAGCGAUAGUGAAGAUAUAUACAAUAGCGCAAUACAAGAUGAAGGUUCACAGUCCCUUGGCGACGAAACAGAGGAUGAGUAUCCUAACGUUUUAACCGAAGACGAUCCACUGGAUGGGCAAGAUCCUCGCAUUCGGGUCCUAUCAGUGAUGGAAUUAGAAGAUCUCUUUGUCACUGUUUCGCCUGACCUCGAUGCGUUUAGGGAUUCCUCCGGAAAUCGUCCGACUAAGCUGGUUGUCGGACUUGUUGGUUACCCAAAUGUUGGGAAAUCUUCUACGAUCAAUGCUCUUGUAGGUGAGAAGAAAGUUAGCGUGUCCUCGACUCCCGGGAAAACCAAACACUUCCAAACUAUACACUUAUCGCCUACCAUCGUACUUUGUGAUUGUCCCGGCUUGGUGUUUCCUCAGUUCACGACAACGAAGGCAGCGCUUGUCUGUGAUGGGGUUUUACCGAUUGAUCAAAUGAGAGAAUACAGUGGCCCUACUUCACUUGUGGUGAAAAGACUACCGAUAGAAGUACUUGAAGCGACGUAUGGUCUGAAUGUGAAAAUAAGAGGGGCAGACGAGGUUGGUGAUGUGAAUGUCACAGCCGAGGACUUUCUGAUAUCAUAUGCCAUUGCUAGGGGUUUUAUGCGCUCAGGACAAGGCAACCCGGACGAAGCGAGAGCUGCACGGUAUAUUCUAAAAGACUAUGUGAAUGCAAAGCUGCUUUUCUGUCACCCACCCCCGGGAGUAACAGAAAAAUUGUUCAAUGGGCGCACACAUGAGCUAGCGCUCCUCCGAGCAUCCAGCAAAAAGCGAGCUCCGGAGACGAGGGUUGCCAAAAAUUCUGAUACUUUUGUACCGCCGAAUUCUAGCAGCACUCUCGCUACUAAAGAUCGAGGCAAUAAAUCACAAAGGCUUGAUAUGGAGUUCUUCACUAACAGCUCCAACUUAUCCUUUCGUCCUUUCGUUCAGGGUUCAAUUCGAGAUGGGCAAGAAUUCUCUAGGGAACGAAUAUAUCCGCAUCAGAACAUUCUCGCCAGUGAUGGGACCCCACUCGGCGAGCGGAAUGCAAGGAUUGCUACAGUGUUAGUCAAUGAGGGUGAUAUUGGAUCGAAGAAGCAUCACAAGAAAAAUAAACGUAUCAAACAGAGAAGUGGGAGAGGAUAUGAUUGAGUGCCCAUGUAACUUAUGUACAGUAUUCCACCGGCGCUUGUGCCAAUGCGUCACAGCGCUCGAUUUCGCACCACGAGACCUUGAAAGGGUCUCAAACAAACUAGUAAAAGCCCUAGACUUGUAUAGUCAACGGUCGUUAUGUUUGCAUUCCGCGAUCUCAAGUUCGACUUAUUUUUGUCUGAAAUAUUGCUAACCCCCAGUCAGAAAUACAAAA